AUGGAAGAGUAUUUGACCAAGUACUACGGAAGCGAUGAAGACGAGGAAAUACUCCGAGCAAGCAAACGGACCGAGAAAUUCUGGAAGGCCUUUGCAGCGGAGCGCAAGGAUGGGGACGAGAAGGUUCCGAGCAGAUUCAGGCGGAAGAAACUGCCAAAGUCGGAGAGACGAGCGGUGGCAGGGAGUGUGGGUGCGGAGCUAGCUGGCGCAUCUGCUCACCCGGGUUACAAUGCGCUCGACAGCAGGCCGGCCGAAGCCAGCUUGGUGGGCAGCUGGCCCAAGCUGAAGAAGCCGUUUCAUCCCUCCUACCUCAUGUUGCCCCGUGCAUAUUCCCUUGUUUUUCCUUCUCUACUGACGCCCUGGCCCCUGCCUCUGGUAUUGGUGGACGGGUACAAUGUGGUGGGCAGCUGGCCGAAGCUGAAGAAGCCGUUCCAUCCCUCCUACCUCAUGUUUCCCCAUGCAUAUUCCAUCACCACAGACGCAUUACCGUUAGUUCUAGUGGACGGGUACAACGUGGUGGGCAGCUGGCCGAAGCUGAAGCAGAUUGUCUCUCUUCCUUCAUGCCCGCCCUAUCAUCCCCGCCCAUCCGCAGCUCCACGGACGCCUUGCCUCUGCUCCACAGACGCAUUACCGUUAGUUCUAGUGGACGAGUACAACGUGGUGGGCAGCUGGCCCAAGCUGAAGCAGAUUGUCUCUCUUCCUUCAUGCCCGCCCUAUCAUCCGCGCCCAUCCGCAGCUCCACAGACGCCCUGCCCCUCGUGCUCGUUGACGGGUACAACGUGGUGGGCAGCUGGCCCAAGCUGA